UCCGGCGGCGGGGUGAGCCAAAAGCGUCGUGCGUGUACUCAGUCGAGGCCUGCGCAGAGGGCCAUGUUCGCGUAGUGUACGGCCGAGCAAGGAGUCAUUUACGUUUAGCGUCGAAGCAGCCCAACGCCGGCGAGUGCUGUCGUCUCCAGUCGUGCGCCCAUCUGUGCGCGGCGUUGUCGUCUGCUCGGCCAAAGUGUGCCCGUGAUUAGUAGUGUGUAGCAGCCCCCGCUCGGAAAGCGCUUCUCGCCGCCCCCGUGUGACCAUGAUCAUGGAAAACGACAGUCAGCCGACCAACCCGGCCAGCCCCACGGAGGCGGCCCACGACCCCGGGAAGAUGUUCAUCGGGGGCCUGAGCUGGCAGACGGCGCCCGAAGGAUUACGGGAGUACUUCAGCAAGUUUGGUGACAUCACGGAAGUCAUGGUCAUGAAAGACCCCUCGACGCGGCGCUCUCGGGGCUUCGGGUUCGUCACCUUCUCGGACCCGGCCAGUGUAGACAAGGUCCUAGCCAGCGGUCCCCACGAGUUGGACGGCAAAAAGAUUGAUCCAAAGAUUGCCUUCCCGAAGAGAGCACACCCAAAGGAAGGCCCUCCCGAAACACUGGCGUUAGCCCUUGACGGCAAUGUAAAUAGCUAUCUUGCGUACGCUUUCGAGGAGAUGGUGACCAGAACAAAGAAAGUGUUCGUCGGCGGCCUCUCUGCGCCCACAACGCUGGAGGACGUCAAGAACUACUUCCAGCAGUUUGGAAGGAUAGAAGAUGCGAUGCUGAUGUUCGACAAGCAGACCAACAGGCACCGGGGUUUCGGGUUCGUGACAUUCGAGAACGAAGACGUUGUUGACAAAGUGUGCGAGAUCCACUUCCAUGAAAUAAACAACAAAAUGGUUGAAUGCAAGAAGGCGCAGCCCAAAGAAGUCAUGAUGCCCAACAAUGUGGCACGGGGAAGAGGUGCCGAACUGGUGUGGCCGUUGGGUGCCCUCACUGAUGCUGGCUUCCCAGCCUACGGUUACGGCCGUGGAGGCUACCCCGGCUACCCAGGAUUUGGCUACCCCUUCGCAGUGGAACUCAACGGGCAGCAGACGUCACCACCUCUACUAACACAAGCUCUUUCAGGUACCCACCGCCUCCCUAACUUUCUGCCGUGCUGGCCUACUAACCCUUGGCCUCGCCCCAAGAGAGUGAGAAGUGUAAUGCUAUCGAGUGCGUGCACUUUUGUCGUGUGCGCAGCGAACAGCCCGGGCCCCAUGGACAUGUACAGCUCGAGCCAGGACAGCGUCAGCUACGUGCAGGCCACGUCGCCGCAGCCCUCCGGAUUUCCCCCGCUCACCGUGAGCAUGGGCCCUCUGAUGGCGGCCGCAUUCACCAAUGGCUACCACUGAAAGAACUCUGCUCGGCACUCUACUGUUCCUAGGCAACACAAGACAAAGUUGUUGGUCCUGGCCAAGGAACCUUCGAGUGAACUGCGGUCAGAAGAGAAAGAAAGCUUUCAGCUCCUUGGCUUCCUGUUCCUGUUUGCAAAAAGCCCCCGCUCGUGUGUGUGCAGUCUGGAGAGAAGGCUGCUGACCUGCACACACACACACCACACGCUUUCACUGUUUCCUGGCUUCAUCAGUGGCGGCCCGCCUGCGGAUUCGCCUCCUCCUAUCAUAUGACAAGAGGCCUGGUUGUUUUGUUUGCUUCUUCCCAUGUUAAAGGAGAGAGAAGGUCUCAUUAUCGACUGUUGCUAGAGUGCUCUUUGUAUGACAACGACUUCUUUCCCAUUCAUGCACACGAACGGCUGUCCUGAAUCGCAGACUCUUUUUUGAUGCAUCACUUCUCAUACAAAGCAGGCCACUCAGAUUGUCAUCUCUCCAUCAGUUCUUUUGAUGUUUUUGUCAUCCUGGCAAAGCACAUCAUGUCUGAAGUUACAUUUCGCCUGAAACACUGCAAUAUCAUUUUCUGCUCUGAAACGCUGCAAGAACACUGAGCAUGCAAACAGGCUGUUGAAUUUCUGCUAACUCUAUAGCGACCCAUACGAAUGAAGAAGGAUAAGAGAGUGAUGGUCGCUUUUUUCUAACCAAUUAUUUUUUUCUAGUUCAAUGCAUUGCCCUUUUUUAUCAAGUGCACAACACAAAGCACCUUUUACACAUUGUUUGCUGGAGGCGACCUUACUAUAGGUUCUACUUCUUCCAGUAGGUUUAGUCGUCAUGACAUUCAGCGCGUACUUUUGCCCAUUGCUUCUGAGUCUUCACACAUACAAACAGGUCUACUUCAGAAUCCUGCUGUCACAGACACUGGUGGGAAAUAUUGAGCAAUAAGGUAUUUUGUUACCUCACAUUUUCUCUUGCCUAUCCCUUGAGUCAUGCCCCUUACCAUCGACCGCCCUUCUGUUCAGCAUAAAGUACUUCGCAAAGUGGCAUCUGACAUGAGCCAUCAUAACGAUGCAUAAUGAAACAAUCUCUUUGCAGCCAUGAAAGCAACAUAAAAAAAUUUCUGAAAUGGCUCUGCCAGACAAAUUUGUAUUGAUGAACUGUAGGCACAUGGAAAUCUGUGCGACUGAUUGUGGUUGAGUUAGUCAAGAAGAUUGAUGUGCUUGUUGGUCAUUUAACAGGUUGCUUGUCCUCCGUGCAAGUAUAACAACAGUCUCACGCAGCCUGCUUUGGUGUUUAAUGUUUCAUUUGGCCGAGUAUGAAUGGCCAACAGUCCUUGUAAGUGGAUCGUGCCACUAAAGCAGAUGGACAUGAGAGACAAAGAAAUUACGUGCUGUGUUGGUAAUGCUGUGGCUAUUCACGUGUUUCUUUGAAUAUGCUCAGUGACCUUCACUCUAUUUGUGGUGAUUCAUAGAGGCAUGCUUUAUUGCUCUCAAUGUGUGUAAUCUCUCUCUGCCCAUCCUAUCUCACACAGUGAUUAGCCCUCACUAGCCCCUACUUCACUCCCCACAUAUUUCCGUCUUGAGAUUUCUCUUGAACAAUAGGCCUACUUGUUUUGUAUGGCAUAAAACAAGGGGAAAAAAGCAAAAUCAUAGUGCUGUGCACAGCCCUUCCUUGGAAGCCCUGUCAUGUUCUUGUGAGUAUAUGUGUGUGUAUGAAUGUAUGUCCUAUACCAUUGUUGUGCGUCUUAAAAGUGAUGCUGUGCUGCGCUCAUGAAAGCAAAGCGCCACAUUUCGUUGCAGUGUUAUUUCUUUAUUUAACGUAUUUCAAGUAUGUGCGAUCCACAUGCUUAUUCGAAUGUGUGAAUGUCAUGAAUGAUCAUGUAUAAAGGUAAAUGCUUUCUUCACUUCUUUUAAAUUUUAAUUUCUUCUUUUAGCACUGAAAUAUGCCAGCGAAAUAACUGCGCAGGCAGAAAAUAUAAGCUAGCAUAACAGUUGGUACUGUCAUAUAGCUCGCUAUACCAAGUUUUAUUUUUAUCAUUCAGCAUGUCUCCUUCCUUUUGUCCGACUGAUAACAUGGAAAUGACGCUACAGUGGCGCUCUCUUUUUAUGCUUACCUUGGCUUGCUUUCCUGUGUAACACUGAUCGGUUUGAUAUACUUACGGCUGAAAUUUUUAUGCGGUUUUGAAUGCUGAGACUUUCGCAUGAAGUCUAAUUGCAGUUUCUUUCAUUUUUAGCAGCAUAACCGUUGUGUAAUGCAAUAAUACAAUUGCUGUCAUUAUGCAGAGGUUCUGUAACAUGAGUAGAUUGUGAUAUCUACAUUUAUUGUUAUUUAUUCUGGCUUUUAUUUCUUUGGGAUAUUCUGAGCAGCAGCUUGGACCUAAUUGAAAGAAGCACCUAACGAAGGUCCUCUUACCAUAAGUUAAUUUGCUAUAGAAUGAAUGUCACAUGCCAAAACAACAUUAUGUUUAGUAAGUUGCUUGGAUAACCAUGGCCUAUGUCAAAACAUCCUUCUGUUUCAAAGGGCUUGUGUAUUUUUAGUUGAAUUAUCAGAAGAGAUUUCGUUAUGCUAUCAAUUUGCGUAUGGCAAUUUUACUUCUUGCUGUCAUUAUAAUAAUCAGAGUACAAUGCUAAGAGAGUUAUCGUAGGCAAGACCACUGGGUCAUUUUUGACAGAUGCUUCAAGGUAAAGAGGAAACAAUGCAUGUCUGAGACAGGUCAGUUUUAUAAAUAUCAGGGAAUAUUUAAAACAAGCGUCAUAUAUUUUGGAGUAUGUAAAGCGUAGUUGUUAGACACAGGUUUACAUACUUGUAUAUAUUUAGGUAGCACAUAGCUUCAAUGCUUGUUUAUUGAAUGCGCUCGCCUUUUUUUUUACUUCAUUCAGCUGUCCUGGCCAGUUAGAUGAAUUAUGAUGCUUUGGAAUAAUUCCUUAAGUGCAUGCUACCACCUUCUACUGAUUACCAUUUUAACUAUAAUUGAUUUAUUCCAACAGCAAGAAGCCAAAUACACACAAAGCUUCCGUGAAAACAUGCUUGCAAAAUAUUGUGCAUAUGGGUUGUUGUGAGUGGCAUGAAAGGACUAUUACUGUCGACAACUAAACACCGCGUUAACUUGUACUUUGUACACAAUGAAAAAGAAAACAAAGAAGAGCAAUACAAAACACUUGUCAUCAUGCACAUGUGACUCCCAUAACCAGACCUCUACGUCCGUUAAGGGAACCUUUGUUGAUGCUAGAGGCUCGCAUGCAUAUGGUUUUGUAUUUUAUUUAUCUCAAGUAACUUUUUACUCACAUGAAAGUGUUGUAUGUAGUUUAUUUGUGGGCCCAGGUGCUUCCUGUUUGUGACUUUGUUCCCACUUUUACUCUUGCAGUAGUGAUGCUUUAGAGGAACCUAAAGACAAGCCUGCCUAAGGGUAGGCUUAGCCCCUGAAAUAUUCAACGACAUACAGAAAACAGUAGGGAUGGCUAGUAGAAUGCUUCACUCUUGUGAGUUUUCUGCCCCCUUCCAGCAGUGCUAAUCAAAGUAUGACACCAUAACCCUUCUUCUCCUCACUCUGUUGUUGGCAAAAGCAUGAAUCUUGCACCACGCAGCUGCUGUCGUCUCCUGUGGCUCGCGGCAGGCUCGACGCAUUUGGGGGUGCAUAUACACAUGUUAAACCUCAUGAAUAUUAUUUUUUAACUCACACAUUAGUCAAGUUGUACAGAUGGUGCACUGUCACCAUAUCUAUUAGCUUCAGUCUUUUUUUACUUGUUUUUAUAUCUAUUGUGAAAAGGUUAGCCAUUUCUAUGGCUGUUAAAAUGGCGUCAGAAUCUGCCGGGUCUCACGUUGUCAUCUUAAUCUUGUUAGUAAGCUAUGCUGUCACGUGAUAAGAUAUACAUAAAUAUCUGCCUUUAAGACAUAAAUAUGUAUUAGCACUUGUAGGACUAGCAUUGCUUAUUUACCACAAAGCAGCCUUGUUCCUGUAUCGACGACUGCCUGAUAUUGGAGAUCCAUGAUAAAUAAUUAAAGCUAUCAUGAAGUGGCAUAACAACGAAUAAUUAGCGAUGUGGGCAGAACUUACAAUUAGGAUUUCGAAUUGUCUUUAUUUAACUAAGGUGGGAUUGAGAACAAAAAAAACACCACUCUGUGUAGGAUAAACUAACACAUGCUAAUGAGCAUUUUGCUUGAAGUCUCUUUGGUAUUCUUAACAAGCAGUUUCUUGGCAAACUUUGAAUCAAUGGCGCACCCAAAAACGAACUGCACACAUUAUUGUUCACAAGAACUGCUUCUUAAUGAAAGAACAACAUGCUAUUAUUUGUUUGUUUUUCUCCUAAGGACGCUCCCAUUAUACAUUAUACUUUAAUAGCGAUGUUUACCUGAAAUAUGGUAAAAGGUUACGUUUACUUGCAUAUGCUGGUGCAUGGCAAACAAUACACUUUGGCAAUAACAGAAGGCUUCAUUUGGCACUUGUGAAGCAGUUCUUGACAUUACUUAUUACAUAAACAACAGCGCAUGCAAUUUUAUUUUAUUUAUUUUACACUCCAGCGUUUAAUCAGUGAGCUUUGAGUGGACUAUUCCUGGUAACACACAAACAUGUACUGGUACUGUAGUGUGCAGCACACAUGUACGCUAUGAAAAAACACACGUCUUCCAAUACGUAGAAGAUAUAUAGGUUUAUGAAUGCGAGUAAAUAAUCAAGCUGGCGUCAACUUUGCUUCUAUUCGUUUUAUCCUUCGACAGAGCAAUAUACCUCCUAGCAGGGGACAAACUACCGAUAAGCUGAGCCUUGUAUGCUAGUCAUUAAUAUUGUAACAAUAUUUUGUAACUCAGCAGCCAUCUCGCUGUUCACUUCUUUUCAUUUGAACAGUUGGCAUUAUUUGUGAAAGAAAUGCAUUUCACAGCAUUGUCCUUGUACAAGCCAUGUAUUCCUUUUGUUAUGUUUCAUAGAUUAUGCCACCGUGCAUGUUUACUAUAUGCACACCGCACAAAUUAUUUUAACUAAUAGUAUUCAACGCUCACCUAUGCUCUAUCUGUAAUUUUGUUAUGUUUCCUUGAACUUCAGGCUUGUUAUCAGCGGUGAUGCUGUCAAGAGCUAUAAUCACAGACCUUGAUUUAUGCUGCACUAGCCCUUUAAAAUGUAAUGUGCUCACUACUUAUCAUAUAUAAAAAAUGUUGGUUUUAUGCAUUGCUUUUGGUACUUCAUAUCUAAAGGUAGAGAAAAUGUAUGACAUCUCACAAAACAACAAAAUGGAUGUCGUUCACCAUGCAAUAUGAUUUUUGUGUUGAUUCCAUGUCCCGUAAGUGUUAAAAAUUGAAUUUAUUAUCAUUAUUAAGUUCAUUACAGCACCAUUUCUAGCAUCAGUUAAUUCUAGCGUCGUUCAAAUAUAGUUCAUGCGACAGAUAUGUACAAGGAAACAGCCUUUUCACAUAUAUCUUGGCCGAAAAAGUAUACAUCCAGCUAUGUCUGUUGCUAAAAUGAAACAAGUACCAUGCAAAGCAUAUGGCAGCAAUGGGUACGUGGGAGUAUCUCUUGUUGACUUUACACAAAUCGUAAAUCUCGUCAAAAUCACAUUCACAGAUAUUUGCCAAUUGAUCUUGCAAGCUUAAGCUUGUGGCUUUCGUUGACUGUAGUCAUAGUAACAGCUUUAUAGCUUUAUUGUUCUCUUGAUUUCGCUUCCGUACUCGUCAGCAUUUAUUUGGUAUUACCUCUUGUUUACACGCUUUCGUUCUAAACAAUCAUUUUUUCAUUUAGUUAUCUGUGGCUUCCUUAAGUUCCUUGUCAGUUACUGCGCAACUCGUACUGCUCUGAUACAAAAUGUAUAACUCAUUGUUGCAACUGAUCAGGAAAAUUCUCAGUUGCAGCAGAACCACGUUCGUGAAAAGCUACUGAUGCUGGCUGGUGCAUUCCAUGAGGCAAAAAGUGCCCUCAUGUUGCAGAGAACAAGUAAGAAAAGACAGUUCUUACUCCGCAACCACAGUGUCUUUAAUGAGUUUAAGACAAAUGAGAAAGGCUGCAGUUGCUCCAAGUGACCUCUGCCUACAAGUAUAUGCACUCUAUGCAGACACUAUUAGCUUAGCAGGUUCCGUGUACUUUAUCAUUUCUGGCUCUCUUCAUUUCAUUUGAUGUAGGCUGCUGACGGUAAUGUAUAUAUAUAUUAGUCAGCAUAAAGCCACACUUUUCUUGCUGCCUUAGGCAUUUUCACAAAUACCCUGUGGUGUCAGUCUUAGCUAGAACUUGCGAACAGACUUUCCUUUUACCUGUACAUUAGCUUCCCCGCAUGUAGGCAGACAAUAUAACUAGAGGUGAUACAAAUACAUUACUGUGUCCUUUGCCUAAAUCGGUUCAAUUAUUAUUUUCAUCGCCGUGCUUGAUGUAGAGAAACUCUUGAUUGAUGAAUGGCUCAGUUAUGUUGAGUAGCAGUUCAACGUAUGUACAAUAUCCUUAAGCAUUCAAAGUUUUCAACAAUAUCGCGCAAGCCUGGCGCGGGAAGAAAUAAACAAACGUCAAAAAACAAGAGAGAGAGAGAGAACAUGCACACAACGAUAUUUUUGUAUCGCUGACUUCUGGGGUUGGGACGAAGACAUGCAAACCAGCGCCCUCAAGGCUGCCCACACCUCAGUUUCAUCGCCGAAUGACGCGUUUGUAGGUGUUUUCGCCAUGCGUCGCGCCUCUCCUUUGGUCUUCCCUAAUGAACACAGUUGGCAUGCUGUUAAAAAGCACUGAACAUAAAACUCGAUUUUCAAAACGUGCGCUUUGCAGUUCACCAUUUUUGUGCCUGCAAUGUUGUUCUCACUUAAAGACCAACUGCAUUUUGUUAUUUUACAUUUUUUUCUUUAUGUGUCAUGUGUGAAGCAUUACAGCAUCAAUUACUACACGGCUAUUGGUGCUUCGGCAAUGCUAGAGCACAUGCAUUCUUACUGCUCUCACCGGUGCGCCCAUUACCCCUUUCGCAGCUGUUACAGCUUGCAAGGCAAACGCUUGUGCACAAGUUGUGUAUUCCUGGAAAAUCCAACACUAAAGAGGGCAAAUGGUGUGUGAUAGGCUACAUCACUUCAACAUGCUGUUCCUUUUUGUUUUUUUUUCAGGUGCGUCUUGCUGUUUAAUUCAUGUUUGAAGGUCACAAAAUGUGUUUAGUUACUGCUGUUGACAGAUGUGCAGUCGGUUAUCAACAUUCACCAGGUGAAUUUUUUCCGACGUGCAGUUACUUUGUGUGUCUAUGCACUGCACAACCAUCGUAGUGUAAGUGCUGGCUCGAAAACUUCACUUGGGCAAUAUGACGCUUAUACAUUUAUAGGAUGGCGCCUCUGGAAGUCUAAUAAGAUUUUUCACAGUACAUGAAAAAUGAAACAUAGCACACAAAGCUACCACAACUUGCUUAUAACUUCAGAUUUUUAAUUUAUUGGUAUUUCUCUAAUACGGUUUUUUAAUGAAGGUUUACCUAUAUGCGGACUCACUUAUUUAUAAGAUAUUGCUUUAAUAAGCCUGGUACACAUGAAUAAAAUGUUGAUUAAAAAAAAUAAAGAAAAAAGGCUGCAGAGCAGUUCCUUAGGCAGAACGGUGCUAGGUUCAUCAAAACUACAGAUAAGAAAAAUACAGCCAGUUGCCUUCAUUACCGCAGCCUUUGUCACUUGUAAAGUGUCUCGCUUUUUUUCAUGCUCAGUACAUCUAGUCAUUUAGUUCUUGCUUUGAGGUCUGAAAAAGUGAAUAUCUCGCAAAUGGCAAUUCAAAACUUGCACACAUUAGCCGCUCUAGAGACAUUUUUCAUUCUUCAUUUUAUGUACUUCUUGUAGCUUGGUUUGAGCAUAAAGUUUCAAAUAAAUUCUUAAUCAGAGCUGCAGUCGUUGCAACCUAACAGUGACUAUCGUACUGAGCAAUACACAACAGAACCAUGUCGAUAAAAAAAGUCGGAUGCGCUCUUCUCUAUGUAUUCACCUGCAAGGACACAAUCUAAAAAAUGUUUUGAUGUUAUGGUGUGUACGCAUAUAAUAUACCAAUCACUAAUAGUGGUGAAAAAAGCAGCCUAUUUACCAAAGCACACACAUGUUAUAAGGAAAUGUAUGUGAUGUAUAAGCCACCUUGUUCUCUUCUGUACAACGAUGUGUUGUUAUGGUUUUAUUUUUUUGUUGGUCCAAUAUGUAUGGAGCCAACGCUAUUUCCCUCCUUGUGCACGUCAUUGUGCGAUUCCUAUGUAUGCGUGAAACACACGACAUGCACAACACGCCUCUCAGGGCACCACGGCAUGCUUCACACACACACAAGUAAAUCUAAUAAAAACAUCAGAUGAGAUGAGACAGACAAAGAUAUAUUUGAAUGCUGUUGGUAUACUUUUUUCUUGCACGUCUGUCUGUACAUAAAGCUGUGUAUGUAUGUAAAACAAUCCGUGUUCCACAUCUGGAGAAAUUCCAUAAUAUCUGCCUUAUAUUGUGCUAUAUAUUGAACAAGUGAGAAAUACAGAAACAAGACAUACAGCAAAGAAAUACAGCAUUGACAAACUACUUUUCCGCACUACGCAGAGCAAGCACAGCACCUUCUGGCAAGGCACUGUGGGCCACUAAAAGCAAUAUGAUGUUACUGAACAUUACUCCAUGUACAUAUAUUUAUAUAUAUAUUACAAUUACCAACAACUCUCUCUCUCUAUAUAUAUAUAUAUAAAUAUAUAUAUAUAUUAGAACUGGUGACUGUCAUGUGCCAUGUAUGUGUGUGUUUUAAUAAUAUUGAUUAUCAUCACUGUUGUGUGAUUCCUGUCAAUGGGAACGUGUAGGCUAAUAAGAGACCUCUUAUUUCUGGCCUCCUUCCACGUGUAAGGCAAGUAGAACAUACUGACACUCUGACAUUUUCUUGCACACAAAAGAUACACACACUGUAAAUGCUGCCACCACUCUUUGGCUACACCCUCUCCAUAAUGGAGAAUGAAAGGAAGACUAACAUGUAAAGAAUUUUCUUGUUCCUUUUUCCACCCAGUAAAGCUUGAGGGCGGCAUUCAAACUAUGGCAAUAUACAUAUUAUAUACAUACUUAUACAUACUAUACAUACAUACUAUAAUAUAUAUACAACAUAUAUAUUGAAAAAAAUGACACUCAUAUACACCUGCUCUUGAAUAUGCACUGUAAUCACGUGAAAGUCUCUCUCUCUCUCUCGCUCUCUCUCUAUCUACCUAUCUAUUUACUUGUAUUUGCAAGCAGAGUGUAUGAGGGAGAAAAGGAAGUCUUAUAGCUCUCAACUGCUUCUUUUUUCCCGUGCCUGCUUACUCCAUGCACUGAGAUGCCUGACAAAGCAUCAUCAACGAAGCAACAGCUCUCACCAACGCUGAAAACAAAUCCAGUCACAAUUUGUAUGGCUUUCCAACACAUGCGCUUGUUUCCACUACUUCGACUACGGAAACAGCACUUUAUUUUUAAUAUAACCCCUUCUAUAAACUUUCAGUCCAACUACAGAUUGGCAUCUUUUUUUCGUCAAAAAGGUGCACAUAAUGUUAUAAAGGAUUUGACAGCAACAUGUUAAUGUGGCAGACCUUAAUGUUCCGUUUUGAGUGCUCUCCUGUAAAAACCGUUUGCCAUUUGUGCAAAAUUAGUCUGUUCACACUGUCACAUCACAAGGUGUUAUGUAAGAAGGUGCAUUAGGCAACAGUUGCUAUUGGGCCAUCCAAACUCGGGAGAUGAUUGGGUGAUUGCAGCAAGCUCUCUUCCAUUGUCUCCUGUCUCAAUAGUCGGGUGCUUCCAACUAGUGCAAUAAAAAGUGUUUCCACAGAGCCUCCUUGCCACAAUUCAAGCACACUGCAGUAUAAAUGUAUGCAUGUGUGUGUGCAGAACAAUCUACCUUUCGCUUGUGGAAAUCUUGUUCUACACUGUCGGCCAAUCAUAGGUUCAGACAGGUUAGAAAACUCAAGCGUGUGAUGAUGUCUUACUUUCAUUCCAGAAUAAAUGGCUUACCGUAUUUUCCGGUCUAUAAGUCGCACCUUUGUAUUAAGUCACACCCCACUCAAAAAAGCAGUUUUUCCGAAAAAAUAAGCGUAUAUAAGUGGCACCGGUGCAUAAGACGCACCUGUUCGUUCAGUAAGUGAUAUAAAAAUACAGUGACGUUGCACUUUGUGAACGCGAGUCAUCACAAACGUAUCGGUGCCAUUCCUACCGAAUUGCGAUAGCAGUGAUAUGAACACCCCAGAGGCGCAUUUCUGCCGUCGUCCAAGGGCGAUAACAUCAUCCUCGGCGCCAACUGCUGUAUGUGCGAAUGAAAGCGUCCGACGGUGAGCCGAAUUGCGCAUUAGGGAGGAAAGCGGGAAGGAUGCGCGGGGGGGAAAUGGGAUGUAGCAACUGCGUACGUAGUUUGCGUAGCGCCGCGUGCCGUAUGUUGAAAGCGAUCUGCAGAUGCGAUGAGUUCGUCGACUCGCUGUCGGCCUGCCGCCGCUUCCGUUGCUGCCCCGGACACUCGGUCGUGAGAAGAACCCGGCACCUUCGUAACGCGCACACAACCCGUAGCAAUUAACUUCCAGACGAGGUCAACCCAGUGCGCUUCGCGUGGUCAUAACACCCAGUCCAAUUUUGACGGCAGACUUUUCCGGAAAAAAAAACGUAUAUAAGGUAGCACCGUUCUUUAACACGUACCAAAGAAAAACAACCAAUAAAAAGGCGGCUUAUGCACCGGAAAAUACGGUACUUCCCGAUCCUUUCUCAAAGAUUUUCCGUCAACUGUAGCUACAUACACAUACAUCUUUUUCUUCUUUCCCAGAAGAACAAUUUCGUUUAAGCGAAAGUGUUGAAAAUAUAUGAUUCUCUUUAAUGUCCACUACUGAAGUUUUUCUUCCUGUAGGGAGCUUUCUAGUCAACUACAUUUUCAUUUGUCACCUCAAGGUGUGGCACUUUUUUCCUUUCGCAAAGGCCUCGAGAUCACUUCGAUCUUACCAAAGGGGUAUUUUGACGAGAUCUUGUAUCAAGCAACGAGAUUCAUUUUCUACUUCUCUGAAAAAUGGAGGUCAGUGUGGGCUCCAGUUGCAGACAUUUGUGCCACAGUAACUCUCCAUAAGGUCAUUUGUUUGGGUACGUUUCAGAGGCAGAGUGGCAUGCAGGUAGUGCAACAUUCGCGAACAUUUACAUACAUUGCAAUGUAUGUAAUGAAGCACUUGAGUGUAUAACAUAUUAUACUUAAGCUUGGUUGAGUAUAUUAUGCUAUACACUCAGGUGGUUGGCACUUUUCAAGGAAAAGACUGCAAACAAAUCCUUUUGUAGUUAAUGUUUGAAUGAUGGGUUGUUCUUUACAGUCAAAAGAAAGACCUUUGCUGUUUCCAUGCUAAUUCCAGAGCUUUAUCAGUGCAAUAAAUGGCUCCUGGCAUCAUAAAAUUCAACAUAACGCACUCUUGCGGUUCUGUAUAAGUAGUGGAUGGUCUGCCAGUGAGCAAUUUAACCAUCCCGCUAGGUAAUCAGGAAAUCAAUGGUAGUACUGAUUGCUAACGGGUGGCAGUAACUGCUAUGCUAAGUCUGUCCCAAAUGAUAAUUCAUAGUAAGCAAGACUAAGGAGCGCAAGUUGAAAAAAAUCCGUGUUCAGCGGCUUGUCUCUGCUUUUCAACUUGUGCUCUCUCCAUGCAUAAAAGUUCGAGCCCUGUGCUUCAGAACAUAAAUUGAAAUUCAAAUCUACAUUUUUUUCAUAUACGUUGCCAUGGCUAGGUGGCAAAUGACACCUUUGAUGUCACUGCAGACCAACAAGGCCGUUGCAGAGCGUGCACACUGAUCGCAAUUUCGUUUCAACGGGCACAGUUCCGUUGAGCCUAAUACUAACACAAAACACUACAGUAGACAAUAUGUUUUCCCACACUCCCGUGGGUACAAUGGUUUGUUUAAAACUGAAAAUGCAAUGUAAGGCAAUGUUCUGCUCGUAUAUGUGGCGCACAUAGACGGAAAAUCCAGGGGCAAUAAAGAACACUGUAACCAGAAGUGCAGACUUAUUCCCAAAGGCACCGCUUCAGUUUACAAAACGUCUGCCCCAUGGUCCCAUUCUUCUUACUCAGUUUCAUUUAUUGUUUUCCAUUCACUAAAUGCAGGAGGUUGACAGAAAUACCAUAGAAAGACGGAUUGAAAAACCCCCUACUUGCUUGCUUGAUGCAGUAAUUUUUCAAACAGUAAGGAAAAUGAGAUAACAAUCCAGUGUGAGAAAAAAAGAGAGAGGGACGAGAGGUUUGAGACAGAAUAUAUAUAUAUAUAUAUAUAUAUAUAAAUAUACAUAUAUUUUACAAGGUGUGGACGCCCACACGCUUUUAUGGAAAGAAAUGACACCAAAAAUUGUUUGUUAUACUGCUAAUGUUCUUGAUGUGCACGCGUCUUGGCAAAAAAAAUUGUUGUGUGUGUGUGUGUGUAUGUGUGUGUGUGUACAUCUGAGUGACAGGCAGGACGUUUAAAGAAGCCAGCCUCUACUUGUUAAAAAAAUUGUGUGCAUGUUCCUUUCUUUUAAUGUCCCAUCAAUUCUAUAUUUUUUUGUGUGUCAUGCGCUCCUCUUCGUGUCAACCUUGGUGAAAUGAGUUUGUUUUGUCAAAAAUAAAACCAACUUAUUGGUUCUGAUAA